AUGACCAGAAUCACAAAUUAUAUACCGCCUCUGAACUUUUCACCAGUAGUAAGCACAGAUGUCUCACUUUAUAGAUCGGGAUACCCAAUGCCAUUAAAUUAUCAAUUUAUCAAGGAUCAACUGAAUCUGAAAACGAUCAUAUAUAUCGGAGACAAGGAACCAAUUUCUCCAGAAUAUUCUGAUUUUUUGGAAAGGGAAAAUAUUAGUUACUAUCAUGUAUAUAUGGAUUCAUGCCGCGAUAAAGAUAUACAAAAGGGAAUGGACCAGGUAUUGAAAUUAGUUUUAGAUGUUGAUAAUUACCCCAUCUUAAUGCAUUCCAAUAAGGGGAAGCAUAGGGUUGGCGUGGUAGUUGGGAUCAUACGAAAGUUACUUCAAGGUUGGUCCAUUGCUGGGAUAUAUCAAGAGUAUGGAAUAUUCUCCGGUGGAUUGAAAGGUGAUGCGGAUUUAGAGUUCAUUACAAUGUUUGCAACUGAUUUGACUGUUCGCAAUGAGAAAAUUCCUGGAUUCGCCAAACUAUGUUUAAUACAAAACUCAAAUGAAAAAAAGGUGUAA